AUGAACACCGCAGAUAGACAAAUCGUAUAUAAAGACAACAAACGGAACCGCAGACCAACAUCCUGCGAACAAUGUCGUAUACGGAAAGCAAAAUGUAACCGUGACCUUCCAUGCGAGGCUUGUAUCAAACGCGGUGAAAAGUCAGCGUGUAAGUACGCAAGCAACGCUAUCCGGAACCCCAAGCGCAGGAAGAGUAAUGUAGGUGAACGACUAAGGAGAGUUGAGAAGUUGGUUUCAGAGCUUGUUGGGGAACCUAACUUGGAUGAUCGAGUGCUUGAUAGUCAGGGAGAUGGUAUUGUCAACAGCAGUCGGGAAAGAUUCGCUACACGAAAUGAUCAUAUAUAUGCUCAUGAAUCUGCUUCGGAAAGAGAAACACAACCAAGAGUAUCAAAAAAAGCAAGAGCUCAUAUAGAGAAAGCUCACUGGCUAUCGAUUCUGGAUGAUAUUAAAGAAGUUCGAGAAGAACUCGCUCAGUCGGAAAUCAUGACUUCUCCUGAAGAGAAUGAGGAUAUCAUCGAACAGGAAGAAGAGAUUGACUUGGUCUUAGGACCAACGCAGAAAUUACCUACUUUUCAAAAUAUCAUCAACUCCUUACCCUCAAGGCCGAUAUGCGAUACACUCCUGUCGCAAUAUUUCAAUGCCCCGAUGAUUUUGCCAAUCAUCCAUGCAAUCAAAUUCCAAAACGAAUACGAAAAAUUCUGGCACAACCCACUCAAUGCACCACCCUUGUGGGUCGGUCUCUUAUUUUCCAUUCUAGCACUUACAGCAUCCGUCCACCAAGUCAUAAAACCACCAAUGGCAGACGCCCAGCCGUCUCUCGCUGUCAAACCAUUACGCUCAAGAACAGUCCAAUGCCUCAUAAUGGGCAACUAUACCAGGGCAAAAUCCUACGCCCUCGAAACGCUGGUCAUGCAUCUCUUAAGCGGGUAUAUCGGUAAACCUGACUCUAGUUUUGACGGCUGGUUCUUAAUGGGUACUAUAAUCCGUCUCGCGAUGCGAAUGGGAUAUCACCGUGACCCGGCAACUCAGGCAGGUAUUACACCGUUUGAAGGGGAAAUGCGACGACGAAGAUGGCACGCAAUGCUACAACUUGAUACAUUACUAUCAUUCCAAAUGGGGAUGCCGAGUAUGAUCCCGCCAGAAUUCUGUGAUACGGAACCACCCCGGAAUCUAAACGAUGAGGAUAUAUGGCCCAAUAUGGAAACACUACCACCCUCCCGACCACUCUCAGAUUAUACGCCGAUAUUAUACACAAUCGCGAAAAGUAGUAUAAUGAGCAUGUUCAGAAAAGUCCUCGCUCACACCCAUCAAUCUUCAUCUUCAUACGCCAUAACAAUAGACGUCGACACCCGUCUCCGCGAAACAUACACCUCCCUCCCACCACUCCUCAAAUCGCGACCUAUCGCGCAAUCCUUCACCAUCUCCUCAGGCCUGAUCCUGAGCCGCAUCACAAUCGAACUGCUCUACCUGAAAGCAAUCAUAGUCCUACAUAGACGCUACCUAAACACCGAGCGCCAAAACCCGCACCGCGAGUUCUCGCGAAGAGCAUGCAUAAAUGCUGCGAUGGAGGUAUUGUCUCGUCAGAAGGAAGUACAUGAAGCCACUUCGUGGCUGCAUGGACGGUUGUAUGCGGAUAGAUGGAUGGUGUCGUCGUUGACGGCGCAUGAUUUUCUGCUGGCUGAUGUCGUUGUUUGUUUAGAGUUAUCUGUCAUGAGAUCGACGACAAUGGCAGUGGGAACGCUAGAAGGGAGGAAUACGGCGGGAUUUGAGACGUUGUUGGAUGCGUUACUCGAUUCGCAGCGGAUUUGGGAGGAGAAGAGUGUGGAUUCGAAUGAGGCGCGGACGGCGGCGGCGAUGUUGAAGUUGAUGAUUGAUAAAGUAAAAGGAAAUACAGUUCCGGUUGGGGAAAGAAAUGUGACUAAAGGUCAUGACAAUCAACCAGCCACCGAAUCAUACUCAACAAGCACAACUAUGUCCGCGCCAACCGAGCUGGAAAUGGAUGUAGCAACCGACUUCCCCUUUGCAGAUACAAUGACGGAUAUGAUUACCGGUUCUGAGGAAUUAGACUGGGCUCUACUAGAUCACUACCUCCAAAACACGAACACCGCACUCCCCUCUCCGGGGGGACAUGCAUCUCAUGCUGCGGGAGGGUUAGAUAAUUCGUUUGAUGAGUGGGGACUGUUAGAUUAUUCUCAUAUGGAAAUGAAUAUGAAUAUGGGUAUGGAUAUCGGUUUUGGGACUGGUGUUGAUGGGACGGAGGGACAGCAUUACCAAGGGUAUUUUGGAUGA